UGUCACCAUGCAUUUUUCCUUCCCAACCUUAGCCAUCCUUGGGUCAAUGCCCUUUAUCGUUCAAGCCCAGCUCACCGGACAUGUCGGACCUACAACUUCCGCUACAGAUAAGGCUGCUGUGAAAACAUGCAAUGUCUUGGAUUACGGAGCAGUGGCAGAUAAUACCACCGAUGUUGGUCAGCCAAUUAUGGACGCUUUUACUGACUGUGCGUCCGGUGGGCUGGUAUACGUGCCAGAAGGAGACUAUCUUCUUAUCAAUUGGGUUGGCCUUGUGAACGGAACUGGGGUUGCAGUCCAGCUCGACGGCGUUCUAUACCGUGGAUCUGAUCCAGGCUCUCAGGGGUAUAUGUUCUCGAUCAGUGAUAGCUCUGACAUCGAAUUUUUUAGCUCUACUGGUAAAGGCGCCAUUCAAGCCAGCGGAUACUUAUACCAUCUCCAGGGUACUCGCAUUGGACCGCGAAUUUUGUCAGUUGGUGGUGUUACAGACUGGUCAGUUCAUGACCUUGCCUUGGUGGACGCGCCGAUGUUCCACUUCGGUAUUGGUGAUGCUUAUAAUGGUGAGGUUUAUAAUAUGGCAAUCCGAGGUGGGGAUUCCGGUGGCUUAGAUGGAAUCGAUGUUGCUGGUAGCAAUAUCUGGGUUCAUGAUGUUAUGGUCACCAACAAAGAUGAAUGCGUGACUAUAAAGACCGGUGCCGCUAAUAUUCUCGUUGAAAAUAUUUAUUGCAAUAUCAGCGGUGGCUGCGGCAUGGGGUCCCUGGGAGCCGGGGCUAAUGUCACUGAUAUAACCUAUCGCAAUGUGUACACAUGGUCUUCGAAUAACAUGUAUUUGAUCAAAUCAAAUGGAGGAAGUGGCACUGUCUCUAAUGUUCUCUUGGAAAACUUUAUUGGUCACGGAAACGCCUACUCGCUGGACCUUAAUGCGUACUGGUCGAGCAUGUCAGCCGCCGAGGGAGAUGGUGUAUAUUAUACCAAUAUCACUUUCUCUAACUGGACUGGUACCGAAUACGACGGCGCUAGAAGGGCACCUAUAUUUCUUUCAUGCCCUGCUGAGGUUCCCUGCACAGAUAUCACCGUCGAAGAGGUGAAUAUAUGGACAGAGGUUGGAGACGAACAAACCUACUUUUGCGGAAACGCUUAUGGCACCGGUGUAUGUCUUAAUGAGGCUGCGACACCAACAUCCUAUGCAAGCACUAUCACCGUAACAUCAGCACCAUCCGGAUACUCAGCAACCAAAAUGGCCGAGGAUCUUUCUUCAGGUUUCGGCUACACGUUGUCCAUUCCAAUUCCAACACUACCAGCAUCCUUCUACCCUGGAGUGACACCGUACAGCGCGAUUGCAGGUAGUAGCUGA